AUGUCUAGAUACGAUGAUUACGACGAUGAUUAUAUGGAUGACAAUGAAAUUCCAGAGUUUCAGGACGAAGCUGACUUUGAUGACUAUUUAAACGAUGAAGAAUAUGACUUGAUGAGUCAAGUGCUGCCAGCUGCCAAGAAUAAGCUGAAAGAAGAAGAAUACGUGGGCUGGAAUAACUUUGACGUGAAACUUGCUAUUUUUGAUAAUGAUUUUGACCUGGAUGCCGCUCUUUCACACUUAAGACAGUCCUUCAAGAAGAAGAAGGUAGUUGUCAAGGCACCACCUGCUCCAGUGGCCAAAAUCACAGAGAACCUACAAAAAUUAAAAGUUUCAGAACCUAUUGAUGACUGGCUCACGGAUGAGGAAGAUGAAGAAUUAAGUCCCUCUCGUUCAGCAAAAGAAGAAGUAAUAAUCAAGCCGUACACAAGAAUUAGAGUACCUACAAAACCAAGGAAUCCAAUUGACAUGGAAAAAUAUCUUACUGAAAACAAGAAACCCCAAUUAAGUUUUGUUGUCUUGGGUCACGUUGAUGCUGGUAAAUCGACAUUAAUGGGGAGAUUAUUAUAUGAUAUUGGUGCUGUGGAUACUAAACAUAUGAGAAAGUUGAAGAAAGAAAGUGAAAGCAUUGGGAAGGGCUCCUUCCAUUUGGCAUGGGUAAUGGAUCAAACAACAGAAGAAAGAGAACGUGGUGUCACAGUUUCCAUUUGUACAAGUCAUUUCGAAACCGAGAAAGCUAAAUUCACCAUCGUGGACGCACCUGGCCAUAGGGACUUUGUUCCUAAUGCCAUUGCCGGUGUCUCACAAGCUGAUAUUGCUGUUCUCACGAUCGACUGUGGUAUUGGAGCAUUUGAAUCUGGUUUCAGUUUGGAUGGUCAAACUAAAGAGCACACUUUAUUAGCAAGAAGUAUGGAUAUUUCUAAUAUCCUUGUUGUUAUGAAUAAAUUAGACAGCGUUCAAUGGUCUGAAGAAAGAUUCAAUGAAAUUAAGACCAAAUUAAGUGAUUUUCUACUGAACGACGUCGGUUUUAAGAAGGAACAAAUUAGUUGGGUGCCUUGUAGUGGAUUUUCUGGUGAAGGUGUAUAUAAGAUACCAUACCCCGAAAAUCUACUGGAGUGGUAUGAUGGUCCCAAUUUAACUCAAACCUUGGAAGGCGUGGCAAUAGACUUAAAUGAUAAGUUCCACAAUCCUAAAGAAGUUCUAAAUUCACCAUUUUUAUUCUCUGUAAUGGAAGUAAUUACCACAAAGAAAGAUGACGAAUGUUUUAUUUCUGGCAGAGUCGAAUCUGGUACAAUCCAGCCUGGUGAAUCAAUAACGAUCUUCCCAUCAGAGCAGAGUGUCCUUGUAGAUAAAAUUCUUCUCAAUGUUAACAGUCAUACAUCUCUCAACGUUGCAUCAAAGGGUGAUUUCGUUACUCUUAAGUUACGUAAUUCACAUCCAGCAGAUAUCGAAAACGGUGAUCUAUGUGCUUCAGUAGAGUACGAUGUCUCAUCAAUGCAAACUUUCACAACUAGAAUUUUAACCUUUCAAAUGAGUAGACCCUUACUGCCUGGGACACCGCUGAUGUUAUUUAGAGGUGUUUGUGAACAUCCUGCAAGGAUAAACAAGCUGAUAUCUGUCCUAGACAAAAAUGAUCCAACGAAGGUUUUGAAAAAGAAGGUAAAACACAUUUCCUCUAACCAAGUUGCAAUCGUUGAAGUCGAAUUGACUGAAAGGAAAAGAUGGCUGCCUAUGCUGACUUUUGAUGAGAAUAAACAUCUCGGUAGAAUCAUAUUAAGAAAGGAUGGUAGGACUAUUGCGACAGGUGCAAUCCUAAAUAAUGAAUGA